CGCAUUUGUCGCCAAUUUUUCGUUUUGCAAGUCGUUUGGUCAAUUGUUUCCUGCAAUCGUUCUUGUUCGUACAUCCGAGACGACGCGAGAUGAGGAGGAGCGGAAGGGAGGACUCGUGACGCGCACCACCAGCUUGGAAGCAUGUCUCAUUACUUGCGACGCGCACGUCCCUUAUUUCGAUGGCAGAGCCUCAGCGAGACGAGGUUUAGCUAGGCUUGCGAGCUCCUCCCUCAAGCGCUGAAACACGAAAUCAGAAUGAACGGCGCAGUGGAAUCUCGCUGCAUUACAACUCAGUAGCCGAACGCGGACUCUUCUCCACCGAGAGAAGAAGUGCCACAGGAAGGAAAUCCUUCGGUCGUACCACCGGCCGUCAUCAUGUACAACGUGCGUGUAGAGGUGUCUGCCUUGCCACCGCGGUACCAGGUGCGAGCACGGGUCCGCGACGGGUUGGAUUUUCUGCACUGGAUCCAGAAGAACAUCGACAAAACCGGGAAGUAUGUGCUCUGUUUUGGCGGGAGCAUGGACCCAGACGUGGUGGCAAUACACGACUGCGCGCACCUGGACAAAUUGCUCGAGGAGCACGGGAGCAGCUUUGAAAUAGUAUAGUACCUACCAAUCUUCCUGCUUUUUAUUCUACUUGAAACUGUGCCGCAAGUCGCACUUACGAUGACACACCUUCUUUGUGAAGUUUAUUCGGAUCACGCAGGAACCAGAAUCGUAUAUGGUGUUUGUGAUGCAAAAACAGGUCUUCCAAAUCCGACGACUAGCAGACUUCGACGGUGGUCAUCUUCGGAUACGAGAGUUAUGGCCCGAUCCCGAAAAGCUCCCGUGCCUGGAAUACUGCAGGGAGAUCCUCGGUAGGAGAAUUCUACCUAGGGCAGUUUCAUUUUGUCAUGCGGAGGCAUGAUCCAGUGUAGCGAUGAGUUCUUGUCAUGCGCAAAAAUUCACCGCAAAAACAAAAAGCAUAAAUAAGAUAAAACCGCUCCUAGGUGACAAAUUCCACGAGGAAAUCGAGCAACCGCAGCAGUUUUCUUCCAGCCACCACGCUGCGAACAAGAAGGAAGAGGAGGAGAAGCGCGCCAUGGCGAUGGUGCAGCAGCAAAACCCGUCCGCAUCGAGCUCUAGCGGGGGCAAGUUGCCGGAGCACAGGAUAUCGAACGUGCCGGGAUUUGGGUACUUCUUGAAGAAACGCGCAAAAAAACCGCCAGAGGAUCCGUUGAAAAGGGACGAUUUGGAGUUCUGGAGAACACUGGGCUCCAGGGAGGAACCGUGGGACGUCAUGGAGGUACUUGUAAUGUAGGGAUUUUUGAAGGGUUGAAGUUGAUGCCACCGGCAUAGUGCAUGACAAGAACAUCAAUUGACAUAGAAAAAUUCGCAUGAGAAGUUUGAAAAAAGUUUGCGAUACUGGAACUUUUUUAUCGCGUUACUAUAUCAGGUUCGCGGCAGGAGGAUGCUCGUGGCGUUUCUGUCCGGCGAGGUCGAUUUGGCGGUCCAGCUUUUCAUGGAAGGCCGCGUGGACUGCUCGGCGCGAGACUGUACAACUUCCUUGAUGAUAGAAUUCUUGAAUGCCGCUUGGAGCGCGAGCAAAACAAAGCUAGUUUCCUUGUAUGAUUUUCCAAUCAUGAAAUAAACACAAUAAACACAAACAGCGAUAAAUUCUUCCCUCUUGCACUGGUCCAUCUAUUACGAGCUACAGCCGGUGUGCGCAAAACUGAUCGAGUACCACGCGGACGUCGAUCAGAAGAACGAUUUAAACGAAACGCCGUUGAUGAUCGCCUGCCAGGAGGGCUGUUGGGGCAUCUUCGAUUUUCUAUUCGACAAAGUUGACAAGGACCCUGGCACCAUCCCGGGCGAUCUCGGUUGUCAGGAUCUAGAACGAGGCCAAACAGCACUGCUGUGGUGCGCCCGGCACGGACAUCUGCCGAGCGUGCAAAAGUAGAGAUUUAAUUGUGUUUCGUUUAUAGAGGGUUUGUCGUAUGCGGUAUGCCUGUGCGCUACAUGUUCUUCUUGACAUCAAAAUUUCCAACGAAGACGAACCAAAAAUAAACCUGUCCAGACUAAUUGCUCUCGGUGUGGACCUGAAUCAAAGCGACUUUGACGACACCACGGCGCUACACGUGGCUACGGUCUACAAUGACGUCCCGAUGGUGGGACUGCUGCUAAAGAGCAAUUCAAAUCCAGAUGCUCGAUCGUAUCAUAUUUCUUUUAGCUUGUUUUUUGAUCAUUUUGAUUUUGGUUAUCACUCUGUAUGAUGUAAGGUUCUGUAUCCACAUGACCGAUUUCGGCGCGUGUCAUUGAGCAUUAGCAUGAGAAAUCAAAACCAAAAAACUUCAGCCACGUCUGGAAGACCCCUUUGAAGAUCGCAUUGGAAUAUGGGUACAGUGAGAUCGUCGACUUGCUUUGCAACUACGGCGCGACGCCCGGGACGCCGGAGAGAAAGAAUGGCAUUUUGGACGAACACUACGCGACGUGGGAACCCAUGCCGCCGCCACUAGACUUGGAGGCGAAAGGGUUAAUGCCAGACCAGAUGGGCUAGGCAGGAACAGGAUCAGGAGAGGUGUCAUUCUGAUAAAAGAGAAAUGAAGAUGAAUUUUCUAGUACUCAAAAUCAAAUGUACAAAACUAAAAGCCAAAAUGUACGCGUGUAAAAUGUACGACCCCAAGUCAACUAUAUGGAAAAGGAGAAGCUGAAGGAGCUUCGUUGCUUGUAUACCCAUGCAAAGAAAUCAACCAGAAAAGAAGGAGGCAAGAAAUCUUACCGAGAAAUCCGAAAUCGAGUUAAAGCCGACGCAUUUUAGUACGACGAUGCACCAAAAUUAAUCCUAUUUUAUUCCGAUUUUCAACCAUUUUGACUUGUUGACUAAAGUUUCCGAAACGCCAAAAUCGCUAGCGCGGCGAGGAAAAAUGAACCUUUGGAAACGAAACGCCAUCAACGGGCUCCUGUUUUGAAGAAGAGAAAAAGACAUGUGUGCCAGCAAUGUACAUAUUAGAGCAGGGAACUGCAGCGAUUUCUAGAAAUUCAAAUUCUUGAGCAAGUUUCUUG